AUGAUGGAUUAUAUGGGCACUACAAUUACUGCUCUCUUACUUGCGAGUAUUACAUUACUCGCUCGGGUAUACAGUCUUUGGCGUAAUGCGCAAGGCCUUCGUCACCCCCCAGGACCUCCGGGCCAUUUUAUUAUAGGAAAUGCUCUCGAUAUACCAAGGGAGAAACGACAUAUAGCCUUUGCACGAUGGGCAAAGCAGUACAAAAGCGAUAUUGUCUAUUUCAGGCUUCCCGGCUUCCAUACCGUUGUUCUCAACUCCUUGACUGCGGCUAGAGAUCUGUUCGAACGAAAAGGAGACAUAUACUCAGAUAGACCGUAUCUUGAGAUGGUCACCCUGAUGGGUCACGAGUUCGGCGUCCCGCUCAUGCAUUACAAUGAUGUAUGGCGUGCGAGCAGGAGCACCAUUCUCCACCUUUUCCGUCCCAGCGCUGUUGCAGCAUAUCGUCCUCUUUUGCGCUCGCGCGUCACCACGAUGUUGAAGGCCAUACUGGAUCAUCCAGAUAGCGUGGUCGACGAAGUUAGACAAUAUGCUGGCUCUCUACCUAUGAAGAUUGCGUACGGACGGGACGUAGAUGUAAAAACCGAUCACUAUGUUCAUAUUGCGGAAGAAACAGUAGCCAUGGGUGCAUCUGUCUUCUUCCCUGGAGCCAUCAUGGUGAAUCUUUUCCCGUUCGUGAAGUAUUUCCCAAGGUGGCUCCCAGGAAUACAUGGCUUCAAGACGUUUGCUGAAAGAAGUAACCAGCUGUGCGAGGAGUUGAUAAAUCACUUGUUUGACGGCGUGAAAAAAGAUGUAGUCAAUGGAAUGGACGGGCCGUCACUAUCGGCGAACUUUAUUCACCGUACAAAUUUUGAGCAGUCCGAGUUUGACUCAAGAGCAGAGAACAGUCAAGGAAGACUACACGAAACGGCAUUCAAAAAUGUGAUGGCUACCAUCCACUUAGCUGCAGGAGACACAACAAUGACCUCUCUCACCGUGGCCGUUCUAUCACUCCUCCUCCACCCCCACGUACAAGCUCGUGCUCAAGCAGAAAUUGACGCUGUAGUUGGCCGAGACCGACUUCCUGACUUCGGAGAUCGUGCGAGCCCCGGCGACCAUGCUCAAGAUCACUGUCCUUCCCACUCUAUUGAUCAGGAGUCCGAACCAAAUAAUUAUGGCAAGAACGACUCUCUGAAGCUUGUAUAUGUGGAGGCUAUAUAUAGGGAACUCCUGAGGUGGAUCGUUGUGUUGCCCCUAGGAAUACCGCACGCGGUUACGAAGGAUGAUAUUUACAACGGAAUGAUCAUCAAAAAAGGGACAAUCGUCGUCGGAAAUUCAUGGGCAAUUCUCCAUGAUCCUGACCGAUAUCCAGAACCCGAAGAGUUCAAACCUGAGAGAUUUAUAACAGAAGACGGGAAAUUGAACGACGACGAUGUUCUCCCUGCAUUUGGAUUCGGGCGCAGGUCGUGUCCAGGACGCCAUCUUGCUAGUCAGACGCUGUGGCUCGCCGUGGUCUCGCUGCUCUCGGUUUUCGAUGUCGUGAAGGCGAAGGAUGAGAGCGGUAACGAGAUCGAUUCACCCAAAGCCAUUUGCCUGUCAAGCGAGGAUUAUGGAUGA